GCCGUGUUCUCUCGUCCCGUCUUCCCAUUACCUGUCCUAUACCACUCCUCCGGCUAGCGAUCUCUCGCUUCUUGCUCCAGUUUCUCUAGCCUCAAUUAUUCGGGCUCCUUUGCCUUUUCUGGCCAGAGACUUCACACACCAUCUUUUCCCUCUCCCCGCGUUCCAUUCUAGAACAAUGGCUGCAAGAAGGCGUUCGUAUUGUAUUUACCUGCAGCUUCCACCUGUCCCCGCAGCUCGGCACAGAGCGAGUCAGUCACCCAUGCUGAGAACAACUACUAGCAGGAAACACCUCAUGUCCCAAAGUGAUGUUUAAGAAUAUGUUCUCUGUUUUUCCCUAAUAAGUGUUUUCUAGUUUGGAUAUUUGUUAAUAUCCAUCGCUAUAUUUUGCAAAGGUUUUUUUUGUUGUUUUGUUUUGUUGGUGGCAUGAAAAGGAGGGAUUAGAAAUGAGCCAAAGACCACAGACUAACAUUUGGGAGAAAAUUUCUGAGUCACCUUUGGAGUGAUGCGGACAGAAGUUCUCACACUUGCAUAUCACAUCAACUGGAACCAACAGUAUAUCUUAAUGUGUACUUAAAUCAGAACCUGUAUGAGAGAAAGAAUGGGAGCCUGGUUAAAUAGAAAUGACUAUGUCAGAGACUUGAAAAGGGUCAUUCUCUGUUUUCUAAUAGUGUAUAUGGCCAUUUUAGUGGGCACAGAUCAGGAUUUUUACAGUUUACUUGGAGUAUCCAAAACUGCAAGCAGUAGAGAAAUUAGACAAGCUUUUAAGAAAUUGGCACUGAAGCUUCAUCCUGAUAAAAACCCGAAUAACCCAAAUGCACAUAGUGAUUUUUUAAAAAUAAAUAGAGCAUAUGAAGUACUCAAAGAUGAAGAUUUACGGAAAAAGUAUGACAAAUAUGGAGAAAAGGGACUUGAAGAUAAUCAAGAAGGAGGCCAAUAUGAAAGCUGGAAUUAUUAUCGUUAUGAUUUUGGUAUUUAUGAUGAUGAUCCUGAAAUCAUAACAUUGGAUAGACGAGAAUUUGAUGCUGCUGUUAAUUCUGGAGAACUAUGGUUUGUGAACUUUUACUCCCCAGGAUGUUCACACUGCCACGACUUAGCUCCCACGUGGAGAGACUUUGCUAAAGAAGUGGAUGGAUUACUUCGAAUUGGAGCUGUUAACUGUGGCGAUGAUAGAAUGCUUUGCCGAAUGAAAGGAGUCAACAGUUAUCCCAGCCUCUUUAUUUUUAGGUCUGGAAUGGCUGCAGUGAAGUACCAUGGUGACAGAUCAAAGGAAAGUUUAGUGAGUUUCGCCAUGCAGCAUGUUAGAAGUACAGUGACAGAAUUAUGGACAGGAAAUUUUGUAAAUGCCAUACAAACUGCUUUUGCUGCUGGUAUUGGCUGGCUGAUCACUUUUUGUUCCAAAGGAGGAGAUUGUUUGAGUUCACAGACACGUCUCAGGCUUAGUGGCAUGUUGGAUGGUCUUGUUAAUGUAGGAUGGAUGGACUGUGCCACCCAGGACAACCUUUGUACAAGUUUGGAUAUUACAACAAGUACUACUGCCUAUUUUCCUCCUGGAGCUACUUUAAAUAACAAAGAGAAGAGCAAUGUUGUGUUUCUUAAUUCAUUGGAUGCUAAAGAAAUAUAUUUGGAAAUAAUGCAUAAUCUUCCAGAAUUUGAACUACUUUCAGCAAACACACUAGAGGAUCGUUUGGCUCAUCAUCGGUGGCUCUUAUUUUUUCAUUUUGGAAAAAAUGAAAAUUCAAAUGAUCCUGAGUUGAAGAAACUAAAAACUCUACUUAAAAAUGAACAUAUUCAAGUUGGCAAGUUUGACUGUUCCUCUGCACCAGAUACAUGUAGUAAUCUCUACGUUUUUCAGCCAUGUCUAGCAGUAUUUAAAGGACAAGGAACCAAAGAAUAUGAAAUUCAUCAUGGAAAGAAGAUUCUAUAUGAUAUACUUGCCUUUGCCAAAGAAAGUGUUCAUUCUCAUGUUACCACACUUGGACCUCAGAAUUUUCCUGCCAAUGACAAAGAGCCAUGGCUUGUUGAUUUUUUUGCCCCUUGGUGUCCACCGUGUCGAGCUUUAUUGCCAGAACUACGAAAAGCAUCAAAGCAUCUUUAUGGUCAGCUUAAGUUUGGUACACUAGAUUGUACUGUUCAUGAGGGACUCUGUAACAUGUAUAACAUUCAGGCUUAUCCAACAACAGUGGUAUUUAACCAGUCCAACAUUCAUGAAUAUGAAGGACAUCACUCUGCCGAGCAGAUCUUGGAGUUCAUAGAGGAUCUUAUGAAUCCUUCAGUGAUCUCCCUGACACCCACCACGUUCAAUGAACUAGUUAAACAAAGAAAACAUGAUGAAGUCUGGAUGGUUGAUUUCUAUUCUCCAUGGUGUCAUCCAUGUCAAGUUUUAAUGCCAGAAUGGAAAAGAAUGGCCCGGACAUUAACUGGACUGAUCAAUGUGGGCAGCAUAGACUGCCAACAGUAUCAUUCUUUUUGUGCCGAAGAAAAUGUUCGGAGAUACCCUGAGAUAAGAUUUUUUCCCCUCAAAUCAGAUAAAGCUUAUCAAUAUUAUAGUUACAGUGGUUGGAAUAGGGAUGCCUAUUCUCUAAGAAUCUGGGGUCUAGGAUUUUUACCUCCGGCAUCCAUAGAUCUAACACCUCAGACCUUCAAUGAAAAAAUUUUACAAGGAAAAAAUCAUUGGGUAGUUGACUUCUAUGCUCCUUGGUGUGGACCUUGCCAGAAUUUUGCUCCAGAGUUUGAGCUCUUGGCUAGGAUGAUUAAAGGAAAAGUGAAAGCUGGAAAAGUAGACUGUCAGGCUUAUGCUCAAACAUGCCAGAAAGCCGGUAUCAGAGCCUAUCCAACUGUUAAAUUUUAUCCCUACGAAAGAGCAAAGAGAACUAUUUGGGGAGAGCAAAUAGAUUCUAGAGAUGCAAAAGAGAUUGCUACCCUAAUAUAUGAAAAAUUGGAAAAUCUCCAAAAACAUGGAAAGAGAAAUAAGGAUGAACUUUAAUGAUAUUGAAGAAGAAAAAAAUUAAAAAGAAAUUCAGACAGAUGACAUCAGAAGACAUCUUUUUAGAUUGUUACUACAUUCUUGAUGGGAAUGAAUGAACAUUAUAUUGGACUUGUAAGUGCACUGUCUGGCAUGAAUGAAGGGUCUGCAAACUUUUUCUAUAAAGGGCCAGAUAAAUAUUUUAGGCUUUGUAGAGCGCAUGUGGUCCAUUGUCACAUGCGUUUCUUUGUUUUUGUUUUGUUUAUAACCCUUUUAAAAAGCGUAAAAACUAUUCUUAGCUGAGGGACAUACACAGAUAGGCAAGUCACAUUCAGUCCACGAGCGAUAGAUUGCAGACCCCUGGAAAUGAUGGUUAGGCUGGCUGGCUUGAAUAGAAGCCUGCUCUGCUAUUAUAUACAUAUAUGUCUAAAUUGUACAAAGUAGAUUUUUAUCAAAAGUUAUGGCUUGCAUGAGAAGAAAGAACUUGGUUUUCAUUCACUUGUUCUCAUAAAAAUUCUCCAAAAUUGAUUCUCGAAUCAUACAUUUCAUUUAAAAAAUACGAUGUGGCAGGCAAAAUAAACAGAUACCCUAUUUUCAUGCUAUAUUAUAUUGAAGAGAUUUUUCAUUCUUUCAUAAAAGUUGAAGAAUUGAUUUUAAUUUUUCACAAUUGAGAAAAAAAUUUUUGUAACAGUUAAAUUCUAUAGAUUUCUACAGCAUUCAGAAAUACCUGAGGAAAAAUUAUUUAUAGUAAUUGCACAUUGUAGAGUAUCCCAAAUAUGUCAGGUAUUUAGAGUUCUCUGUUUUAAAGAUACUUGUUAAUUUAUUUUCUGAAUAUUUUUCAUGAAAGUUUUCCCUGUGAUAAUUUACUUUUGAAAUAUGUUUCUAGUAUUUAUGUUUUUGCCUUCUUUGUUUUGAUGAGUAUGUUUUAUUUACAUUUGCCUUUUUUCUUCAUAGUUGUGGUUUUUCACUCUGUCUUAUCUCUUCAAACAGGAAAAAUAACUUUGCAGUUUUGUUUUAUAAUAGCUCAUAAUGAUACAGUGCUUAUUCCAGUUAUUAAUUUAUUGUUGGAGGCCACCAUGUUCAGAUAAAUAUUGGCACAAUAAGCGAAGUUAUUUUUGUAAGAAAAUUAAGUAUGCAAAUCUAAGCAUGGGACCUUUUAAUUUUGCAGUUGUUCAGACUCAAAAGAAUCCAAAAAUUUUUCCUUGCAUUUUAACAAAAUAUUGUUAAGUAACAUGUAGUUAGUUGUAAUUCAGGAUGUGUGGAAUGGUAAAAAUCCCAAUUAAUCAAAAUAAGUCAAUGAACUUUUUAAAAAACUUUAGGUUUCCCAAAAACCUAUUGGGAUUACGCUUUAUUAUGUUGCAAGAGUUUUGUUUAUUUUUUUAAUAUCACUUUCCUCCCUUCCCCAAUAUUUCUUCAUAUUUUAUAGUUGUAAUUUAUAGAAAAAAAUAGAUUUUUUUUUCAUUUUCAACUGUAACCCUAUUUUUUAUAUUCUCUCCCAUAUUGUUUCUAGUAUAUUCCUUAACUCUUUCUCUAGGAUUUCACUUUACACAUGUAGACAAAUCUAGAAUAAUCACCACUUCUGGCCUUAAUUUAAUACCACCUUUUUGAAUUAUGAUCAGUAAUGGCAAGUGCCUUUCAUUUAAUUAAAUUUUCAAAGCCUAGAAAAUUUUUUAAAUUGGCUUGUUUCUACAAGAAUCCUGAAUGCAAUGCCUAAAGAGGUCCUGGUAAAUAUUUACUGAAUAACUCUACCAGUUAUGUGAAUACCAGUGUGCUGGACACUGAGGGGAGUACCAUGGAAUCAAAGCUAUGGGCCCCAUCUCCCAAGUGUGUGUAAUUCACAGUUCUGACACCAAGUCCAUAAACCAGAUUAUAGGUACCUACACUAUUACCUAUAACUGUAACUCCAACCUUAAUUGAGAAACAUGUUAAGCAGUAAAUAAAAUAGUAAGUACUGUA